UCUUCUCUCUACACCACCAUCACAUACUAGGCACUGCAUCCAUACAGGCCCGGUACCCAUCAAAUCCACAUGUCCUAAUGGGCACACCAUCACUCGACAAGGUGCCGCACCUGCACAAGCUGCCCCGCCAAGAUGCGCGCUUCCACCAAGAGACGGUGGCCGACCUGCUCAGACGCCGCGACACCAAAUUCCCUGGCGCGCAACCCGUGUCAUUUGCGCGCCGACAUCUGAAAGAGCUAGAGCGUGCAGACUACUUCCUGGCCGAGAAGACCGACGGUAUCCGCCUGCUGCUGUUCCUGACGCAGACGCAGGACGCCAUGGGCCACUGGGUCGAGACGCAGUUUCUCAUCGACCGCAGGAAUGACUACUAUCACAUCGAGCAGGGCUACUUGCACCUGCCAUGCCCCACGCCUGAUGGCCGUCCGGGCCCCGAUGGCCGCCCCUACGACAUCAAGAGCUUCCACCACAACACUCUCCUCGACGGCGAGCUCGUGCUGCAGCGCUUCCCCAAUCGCCCGCCGCAGCUGACCUACAUCAUCUUCGACAUCCUGGUCUUGCGCGGGCAGAACAUCGCCGAGCGCGAGUAUGGCUAUCGCAUCGACAAAAUCCUCCGAGGCGUCAUUGGGCCCUACAAGCAGUUUGCAAAGGACUUCCCCGAGGACAACAGCGCCCAGCCGUUUCAGAUCGAGGCGAAGAAGCCUAGUACCUCCUACGCUGCGCCUGAAAUGUUCAAGAACGUACUGCCAAACCUGCCGCAUGGCAACGACGGCUUGAUCUUCACUUGCAAGGAUACUCCGUAUGUUAGUGGCACCGAUCAACAUAUUCUCAAGUGGAAGCCGCCGCACGAGAACACCAUCGACUUCAAACUGCAGAUUGGCGCUUUCCCGGAAUUGGAAGACGAAGAUGGAAAGUACGAGGACUUUGACCAGAAGCCCGAGAUCGAGCUUCUCGUUUUCCACGGCAACAACAACGACUACCGUUAUUUCGCCCACCUGCACCUCACCGACCGGGAAUGGGACGCCAUGAAAGCCCUGCCCGAACCCUUCGAUCACAAAAUCAUCGAGUGCUGGCGCGAGAAAGAGACGGGCAAUUGGCGACCAAAAAUGGACGAAGACGGUACACCACGUUUCAGAGACGACAAAGAGCAUGCCAAUCACAUCUCUGUGGUGGAUAGUGUGCUUCAGAGCAUUGAAGAUGCAGUCACCGAGGAGGACUUGAUCGCUGCAUUCAAUCCCAUCAGGACCGCCUGGAAGGAGAGGGAGUCGAGGGCGAAAGAGGCGGAGCUCAAGAUGCGACAAGCCCAACACCAACAGCAUCAGCAGCAGGCACAGAGGCAGCCCCGAGACUCUGGUCUGGCCAAGAGUUCUCAGCCACUAGAUACUAGCAAGAGGACAUCUAGCCCGCCUGACGACGGUCCCGGGUACGUCUGAUAUGCAUCGGCGAACAUUGUACACAAGGCCGUGGGCGAAGCCUUUAGCCGAGCACCCAUUGAAGACAAGACGGUGGUGUUCGAAGUGCAUCUAUUGCUACACAUGGCCACUUUUGCGAGGGUCGCGCUCGGAUAAAUGGAGGAGGCGUUGGAUUACAAUCAUUUCCAUGAAAAUGGCAGCAUAGGACAAGGGGGCGUCAUUGGUUAUAUAUGCGUAUGAUACCCCUUGGGAAUUUGGGAAUUUGGACAUAGCAGACAUUCAGUACAACGCAUGCGCUGCGAAUAUGAUGCAUUAAUAAACAACUUGCUCGAACCAGAUUGCAGCGUGCGAGGAGUGACAGUCCGAC